AUCAUCACUUGCCGUUAGAAGUAGCAGAGGUACUGCCGAGCAGGGAACUGCAGCUGCUAUUAGGAUACCAAUGUUAAGAGUUUGUGAUUUCAAAAGUGGAACCCCAGAAAUAAUUCAGGCUUGUUAUGCUAUACUUGUUUUAGUUCUUCCAAGUGGGCAACUCAGGUGCUGGGGAAAUCAGGAAAUAGAGAUAGUAAAUGCAGUUGCUGAUCAAGUAGCUGUAGCGCUUUCCCAUGCUGCGGUGCUAGAAGAGUCUCAACUGGUAAGAGAAAUAUUAGCUGAACAAAAUCGAGCAUUGCAGCAAGCAAAACAAGACGCAAUGAUGGCUAACCAUGCAAGAAAUUCUUUUCAGACGGUAAUGAGUAAUGGGUUGAGAAGACCUAUGCACUCAAUUAUGGGUUUGCUUUCUAUUUUGCAAGAUGAAAACUUAAGCAACGCGCAGAGGACGUUAGUUCACACAAUGGCUACAACUAGCGAUGUCCUCUCCGUCUUGAUAAAUGAUGUGAUGGAUAUUUCACCAAAUGCCGAUGCUAGAUGUCCAUUUAAUAUGAAGUAUUUCAGCCUGCAUUCCAUGGUAAAAGAAGCAGCUUGCCUCGCCAAGUGCUUGUGCGCACAAAAAAAUUAUCUAUUUGCUAUUGAAGUUGAGAAGUCUCUUCCUGAUUAUGUUAUGGGUGAUGGGAGAAGAGUUUUUCAGGUGAUUUUACAUAUGGUUGGAAAUCUCUUAAAAGAUAGCAGUGUAUGGGGGUGUUUAAGCAUAAGGGUAUUUCCAGAAAGCGGAGUAUGUUUGGAAAGAAAUGACCAAGAAUGGGGAACGAGGAGAACAAAUUCAUUUGAUGGACAUGUCUAUGUCAAAUUUGAGAUUGGAAUUAAUAAUAAUGGUGCACAAAUUGAGAGUUCUAGUGAUGAAAGACAUUGGAACAUGGGAAUUGAGGAAGGCUUGAGCUUCGGUGUAUGCAGGAAACUCGUUCAGAUGAUGCAAGGCAAUAUUUGGGUGGUUCCAAAUCCGGUGGGUUUUGAUCAAAGCAUGGCUCUUGUUCUUCCUUUUCACCUCAGGCGAUCAAUUGCAAUCGGUGGAGUAGAAACUGGUGAGACAUCUGAGCGUCCAGAUUCGAAUUCUAUAUUUAGGGGCCUUCAGAUCCUAUUAGCUGAUUAUGAUCAUGUGAAUCUGGCCGUAACAAGGAGGCUACUAGAGAAGCUGGGAUGUGUUGUUUCAGUUGUUUCAUCUGGUUAUGAGUGUCUUGGUUUGUUGGGUCCAUCUCCACCUUUCCACGUAAUUCUGUUAGAUCUACACAUGCCUGAUCUAGAUGGAUAUGAGAUUGCUAUGAGAAUUCGGAAGUUUAAUCCAACUCAGCCGCUCAUCAUAGCCAUGUCCGCAAGUGAUACUAAAGAUGUGUGGGAAAAAUGUUUGCAAGUAGGAUUCAAUGGACUUGUUGAAAAACCAGUUCUGCUAGGAGGCAUAGCUGAUGAGCUUAGUAGAGUUCUGUUUGAAGCAAGUAAUGUCGUAUGAUAUACAGAGAGCAUAGAAAUAUGCAUCCGCGACAAGUUAUAGAGGUAACAAAUUUAGUAAAUGUAUUAGUAACCUAGCAGUAAAUAUAAUAUGCUAGAGUUUUGGAAAAGCUAUUCUGUUCUUUCUUUGUACUUUAAACUCUGUAGUUGGUCUGAACUGGAACCAGAGCAUUGUAUACAUUGCACACUGCACUUGUACAUGGUGGAUUCGACGUUGGCGGUGACUUAAUAUGCUGCCCUCGUUUCCAUUAGAGGUCGUCGAGUUUUCAAUAUGGUAUAGAAUCCAAUUACGGCCUCGUCCUAAUCCCUU